AUGUCAGAUAAUAUUUCAUCGUUUGCUGCUUUUCUUUCUCAUGUAAUAUCUUCGAAUCGAAUAGUCGAACUUCAUUUAUUUCGAUGUGAUAGACAAAUUUCUCUCAAUUUACCUAUGGUUACUCAUCUUACUCUUAUAGACAGUCUUGAUGCAUUAAAUGCUCGUUCACUUUCAACAAAUAUUCGAUCUAUUCAAAUUAUUCUUCAUCAUGAAUGUCUUGAUUUUGCAAGUGGCAAUUGGACAGCUUUACGUGUACUCUCAACUUUACCGCUGUUAAACUCAUUACGGGUGCUUUUGUAUAAUAUGCUUAAUCCACCAGAUGAUACAAGUUGUAAAGUUAUUGCUGAAACAGCUAUGACAGUCGCUGACUUUGGCUUCUGCUUUAGACGUAAUCAUUAUCAUUAUGCUGAACUUAAUCAUGACAUUGAUUUAGUUUAUAUGAAACAUUCUUUAUUCAUUGAACGUCUACGAAAUUCUAUUGUUACUUUGUCACAAAAUGAAGAGCUAUAUAUCGUUGUUGACGAGGAUGGUUGUGGAAUUUUCAUAUGGUUUUGA